AAACAGGUCGGUAAUACAGGUAACUACAGUUCAAUUAACCUUAAAAAGCUGCUUGUUUAACCUUAACAUUUUUAAAAUACGUUUGAAAUAGAAACAUUUAGAAACAUUCAAAAAUGGAUUUAGAAUCAGCAACGGAAGAACAAGUUCAUAAAAAAGGUCGUCAUCGUAAAAAACAGCUUUACAAUUCAAUUUUGCAACAAAUGGAAUUUUAUUUUGGCGAUUCUAACCUCCCCAAAGACAAGUUUUUGUUACCGUUAGUUGAAAAAGAUGAUUUUGUUGACCUCUCUAUUUUUAUGAAAUUUAAUAAAAUACGUAAACUAACCUCAAAUAUUGAAGAUAUAGUGAAAGCAUUAAAACGAUCUGAGCUUUUAGAAAUUUCUGAAGAUAAAACCAAAGUUAAACGAAAAACUCCGUUAAAUAUCCGCGAAAAUGUUGAUGAAUGUACAAUUUAUGUUGAACGAAUCAAAGCUGAUGCUACACAUGAUUGGAUAUCAUCAUUAUUUUGCGAAUUUGGAAACAUUGUGUAUAUUUCUAUUCCAAAAUAUAAACAUAGUAAAGUAAAUAAAGGAUUUGCUUUUGUUGAAUUUGAAAAAGAAGCUGAUGUGAAAAAUGUUUUGGAAUAUUUUGAAAAAAUCGGGUGCAAAAUGUCAUCUCAAAUGGCUCCAGAAGACCUUUGUAGCAUAACUACAUUUGAAGGUGAAGAAAAAGAUGGUGUUAAAGAAGAAAUUAAAGUUGAUGAAGAUGUUGAAGAGAAUCAAAAGAAGAGAAAAAGAAGUAUUGAAAACGAUGCCGAGAAUAAAAAGGUGAGAGUUGAAGAGAAAAAUGAAGAAAAUGGGAGUAAUGUUGAUGGUGAUGAGAGUGAAGAAAAGAAAAAAAAGAAAAGUAAAAAGAAUAGGAAUAAAAAUAAUUUUAAAGAAUUAGGAAUACAAAUUUUUUCUAAACAUGAAUGGAAGAAAAUGAGAAAUAAAUACCUCAAUAAUCAACGUGAUAAAAUGCGCCAACUAAAGCAAUACCUUUACAAGAAAAAAUUCUCCACUAAACUCGAUGAAACAAAACUGAAAAAAAGUCCAUACACAUGGGAAGACUCCAAAGAAGUUCCAGAAUCCGUCCCUGAAAACAAUAUUAAACCAAAAACCGAUUUUAUUCCUGGCGUUAUUGUUAAAACAAAAUUUCCCGAAUUGUAUGAUCAAAAGAAAAUUAAAGCCGAACUAAAAUCACUAUCCACGAAUAUUCAAUAUAUUGAUGUUUCUAAAGAAAGUGAUGACGUUUUUGUGAGAUUUUUAAAUAGCGAGAGUGCGAAAAAGUUUUGUUUCGAAAAUUUUAAGGAUGAAGCUAUUAUUUUGGAGGGACAAGAUGAAGAGGAUUAUUGGUUGAAAAUUCAAGAAGAACGAAAUAAAAAGUUUGAGAAACAAACUAAAAAACAUAGAGGUAGGGAUAAAUUAUUAAAAAAGGCUGAGAAAGAAUUGGGGAAACACAUUAAGUUUGAUGAUAGUGAUUAAUGUAUUAAUAAAAAUAAUAUGUUAUAUGUGGAAACAAAAAUUUCUAUUAAAAUAGCAUAUGUUAAACUACCUAAUAUGCUAAAUACCUUUUUUAUCUUUGACUGUUUUAAGAAAAGUUUAAAACAUCUUCAGAACAAUACUAAAAUUUAGGUAAGAUUGAAUUGAAAUUAAGGAAAAGAAAAAUAAAAGUCUUUAGUAA